CAAGUGAAUGUCUCAUUUCUUAUUUUGUUAAAACUUUUGUUGUUGUUUACCUUUCCUUUAGAUUGUAAUAUAGCUUCAGUCACAUCACCCUCUGCAUCCACCAUGAAAGUCAAGUGGAUGCCCUAUGCGACAGCUACGAAAUACAUGCUGGAUUUACGCAUUGUAAAUGACAACAGUUUCGCUCCAGUUGUGGUGACGAUAAGUGACACAACUACCACUGAGAGGUUGGUUCAGGGACUAAGACCGGGGAGACUCUACACCGUGUCUUUCAAGGUCUGGUACUUUAUGACCAUGGUGUGCUCUAACAGUACAGAAUAUUAUACAGUUCCAGCUACACCACAGCUAAUAGUUUCUAAAGGAAUAUCGAGCACGGCAAUAAAUUUGCAGUGGUCAAAUGUGACCGGCGCCACCAGUUAUCUAGUAGUGGUAGAGAAACAGGCGGAUCCGACAGACCGUCACACCACUACCACCGGGUCACUAAGCGCGCAGGUUGAUGGCCUUCAAGAUGACACAGCUUACAACUGCUACGUCCAAGCAUCCAAUCCAGGCGGGAGUGGUGGGGAAAGUACCGUCAGGACUGUUUCAACGCUGAUUCCACCGCCAAAUGGCGUAAAUGUUGUGGCAACGGGAAGAACCUCUGUGCGGAUAUCAUGGACCCUCCGUCCUGGCGUGAUAGUGUAUGGAGUAACAAUUACGCGGAAUGGCGACUCAGGAGCAACACCGGUCACCAUAGAAUCGUUCUUCAGUUAUGUGGAUUACUCGGGUCUUGAGCCAUGCUCUACAUACACAAUAGGAGUAUCAUCUAAGAAUAACUUUUUGGAGGCUGGCGAACCUUCGGAGUUCAAUCACACAACAAGUUCGAUUGGGUCAGUAACGACAGUAUCAGCGAGUUACUCAUGCAGCACUGGCAUGGCCACGGUAUCGUGGGACCUGGUGAGCGAGGCGGACCGCUACAGGGCUACGGCGACGGGCAGCGAUGGAAGCGUUCGGACAUGCAACUCUACCUCGACCAGCUGCGCGAUAAACUCGCUUGCAUGCGGCCAGCAGUAUGUGGUCACAGUCACAGCCAUCACGGAUCAAUGCGAGAGCAUCUCCAACGUAACGCAGUUAUUUGAAACAGUGCCUUGCCCCCCUGCUGGACUUUCAACAUACCAUGAGUGUGCCAGCAAUGUCAUUGCAUUUUCAUGGAACGCCACCAACAACACAAACUUCUACGAAGCCAUAUCGGAAGAUGAAAACGGUUUGCAGAUAACAUGCCGGACAGCAGCGACAGCUUGCUUCUUUACCAGUGCAACCUGUGGUCAGAGCUUCUCGUUCAUCGUGCGCUCAGUGACAAUAUCUGGGACAGAGUUGUGCAGGACACCCUACAGCAUCUCCAUCGACCAGGAAACAGCUCCCUGCCUGCCUACGAAUGUGCAGACACGUAGCGACUGCCAGACGGGCAUGCUAGUCAGUACCUGGGACCCCACCCCGGGGGCCGUCUCCCACACAGUGGAGGCCAUCGGCAACCUCGGGCAGACCUUCAACUGCUCCUCCACGUCCAGCAACUGCAGCAUGCCCGCCGUGCCCUGCGGCGAGGUGCUCAGCAUCUACAUCACCGCCACUGGCAGCGAGUGCAUCACCGAGCGAGUGAUUGGAAAUCCGGCUGAGACCGUGCCUUGCGCACCCACCAACUUCACGCUGGUCGAAAGCUGCAACGUCGCCGGAGUGUCGCUGGACUGGGAGCCUAGCAACGGCGCCAUCUUUUACAUAGGCAUGGCGGUGGACUCGAGCGGCAACACCCACGACUGCCUCUCCAUGUCCAGCGAGUGUGAAAUCACUGACCUCCAGUGCGGCACCACCUACGACACCUAUGUAUUCGCCACCAAUGGAGUCUGUAACAGCACGGAGACGCAUCGCAUUACUGCCACUACAGCCCCCUGCCCGCCCAUCUCUGUGCAGGCGACGCGCGACUGUGCCAACAACGCUGCCCUGGUGUCGUGGCAGGCCCUGGGGGCCGGCAGCACCUACACGGCUGUGUUGGAGGACCAGGAGGGUCAGCUCCUGAACUGCACGGCCCCGGGCACCAGCUGCACCAUCUACCAUCUGGAGUGCGGGCAGAACUACUCUGUGACCGUGCAGCGCUCAGACGGGACCUGCACCGGCCCGUUCUCCAGUCCCACCUACAUGGACUCAGUGCCAUGCGCUCCUGAGGGUCUCCUUGGCAACGUGCACUGUGACACCGGCGCCUUGACGGUGAGCUGGAACGCCACGAGCCCCCUGUCGUCGCAGACCUACUCCGCUACGGUAUCCACGGCCGGAGGGCAGCCCGUCACCUGCAACUCCACGGCGACGCGGGACUGCACACUGGAGGGCCUGGACUGUGGCCGCUCCUACACGGCAUCAGUGCAGGCAGUGCAGGCCGGAUGCCACAGCCUGGCCAGCCAACAGAUCACAAUUGAGCAAGAAGUGACCUGGACGUCCAGCCUGGGGGCCUCGUCGUACCAAGCCCGGGCCACCAUGGACGGCCACAGCGCCACACCCUCCUGCACGUCCAGUGGCACCUCCUGCACCCUUCCGGACCUGCUGUGUGGCCAGCGGUACAACGUCAGCGUGUCGGCUGUCAAUGAUGUCUGUCCCAGCCAUCCCAGCUCAGUGGUUGACCUGCAGACAGCACCCUGCCCUCCGGCCAAUAUCCAGGGCUCGGUGGACUGUGCCAGUGGCUCUGCCUCCCUGACAUGGGACGCCACGGCCAGUGCGGUGCAGUACAAUGGGACAGCGGUGGGAGAUGACGGCCAUGUCCUCAGCUGUCAGCCCUCUCACCCCACCUGCCAGCUCCACAACCUGCACUGUGGCACUUACUAUAACUUCACUGUGUCAGCCACGGACGGCGUCUGCGCCAGCCCACACAGUUCGCCCCACAGGCUGGACUCAGUUCCCUGCAUUCCAUCGUCGGUCUCUGCAUUGCUGAACUGCAACACCCAACAGGUCAUUGUCAACUGGAACCAGGAUGACCAGCAAGGCGUCAGCUAUAUAGCAAAUGUCACUGACAGCCUUGGCAACGUUGUGUCCACCUGUUCAUCCAUCAGCAACACAUGCUCUCUCAGUGGCCUGUCAUGUGGACCAGAGUACAACGUCACCGUCAUGGCACACGCUCAUGGCUGCAGCAGUGACCCAAGUCCACCUAAACCAAUCAGCCAAGUCAACCUGACGCAAGUGGACAUUAUCUGUCAGUCGAACUCAGCUGAUGUCAUGUGGACUGCUGCGAUCGCUGGAGAAUACACAGCAGUGGCAGAGGAUAGCGAUGGAAACCGCCUGAACUGCAGCUCAACUACCUCUUCCUGUCAGAUCAGCAACUUGCCCUGUGGUCGGCAAUACACAUUCAGUGUCACAGGGACAAUCUGUCACAAUCAGAUAAGCAACAUAGUGCGGGAACAUUCAGCUCCCUGUGUCCCGACCAAUGUGGCGGUGAGUCCAGCUUGUGUGUCAGGCACAGCCUCCAUAUCAUGGAACCCUGCAGAUGGAGCGCUAAGCUACCUGGUCACCAUGCAGACCACCAAUGGAAGUCCACUCUCCUGCAACAGUAGCAGCACUUCCUGUAGCAUCAGUGACCUGCAGUGUGGCACCCUUUACCAUGUGUCUGUUACAGCUUUAGGCAACAACUGUAAUAUCACCGACGGCGCCCUGAAUAUCUGGACAGUUCCCUGCAUUCCAUCGUCCGUCCAUGCAUCGCUUGACUGCGACACCCAAGAGGCAGUUGUCAGCUGGAAUCAACGUGGGCAGCAAGGGGUCAGCUAUAUGGCGAAUGCCACUAACAGCCAGGGCGCUACUUUGUCCACAUGUAAUUCCUUCAGCGACAACUGCACUCUCAGUGGCCUGCACUGUGGACCAGAGUACAACGUCACCGUCACAGCCCACGCUCAUGGCUGCAGCAGUGACCCAAGUCCACCUAAACCAAUCAGCCAAGUCAACCUGACGCAAGUGGACAUUAUCUGUCAGUCGAACUCAGCUGAUGUCAUGUGGACUGCUGCGAUCGCUGGAGAAUACACAGCAGUAGCAGAGGAUAGCGAUGGAAACCGCCUGAACUGCAGCUCAACUACCUCUUCCUGUCAGAUCAGCAACUUGCCCUGUGCUCCCUGUGUCCCGACCAAUGUGGCGGUGAGUCCAGCUUGUGUGUCAGGCACAGCCGCCAUAUCAUGGAACCCUGCAGAUGGAGCGCUAAGCUACCUGGUCACCAUGCAGACCACCAAUGGAAGUCCACUCUCCUGCAACAGUAGCAGCACUUCCUGUAGCAUCAGUGACCUGCAGUGUGGCACCCUGUACCAUGUGUCUGUUACAGCUAUAGGCAACAACUGUAAUAUCACCGACGGCGCCCUGAAUAUCUGGACAGUUCCCUGCAUUCCAUCGUCCGUCCAUGCAUCGCUUGACUGCGACAGCCAAGAGGCAGUUGUCAGCUGGAAUCAACAUGGGCAGCAAGGGGUCAGCUAUAUGGCGAAUGCCACUAACAGCCAGGGCGCUACUUUGUCCACAUGUAAUUCCUUCAGCGACAACUGCACUCUCAGUGGCCUGCACUGUGGACCAGAGUACAACGUCACCGUCACAGCCCACGCUCAUGGCUGCAGCAGUGACCCAAGUCCACCUAAACCAAUCAGCCAAGGCUCUUGUGCAGUCAACCUGACGCAAGUGGACAUUAUCUGUCAGUCGAACUCAGCUGAUGUCAUGUGGACUGCUGCGAUCGCUGGAGAAUACACAGCAGUAGCAGAGGAUAGCGAUGGAAACCGCCUGAACUGCAGCUCAACUACCUCUUCCUGUCAGAUCAGCAACUUGCCCUGUGGUCGGCAAUACACAUUCAGUGUCACAGGGACAAUCUGUCACAAUCAGAUAAGCAACAUAGUGCGGGAACAUUCAGCUCCCUGUGUCCCGACCAAUGUGGCGGUGAGUCCAGCUUGUGUGUCAGGCACAGCCUCCAUAUCAUGGAACCCUGCAGAUGGAGCGCUAAGCUACCUGGUCACCAUGCAGACCACCAAUGGAAGUCCACUCUCCUGCAACAGUAGCAGCACUUCCUGUAGCAUCAGUGGCCUGCAGUGUGGCACCCUUUACCAUGUGUCUGUUACAGCUUUAGGCAACAACUGUAAUAUCACCGACGGCGCCCUGAAUAUCUGGACAGUUCCCUGCAUUCCAUCGUCCGUCCAUGCAUCGCUUGACUGCGACACCCAAGAGGCAGUUGUCAGCUGGAAUCAACGUGGGCAGCAAGGGGUCAGCUAUAUGGCGAAUGCCACUAACAGCCAGGGCGCUACUUUGUCCACAUGUAAUUCCUUCAGCGACAACUGCACUCUCAGUGGCCUGCACUGUGGACCAGAGUACAACGUCACCGUCACAGCCCACGCUCAUGGCUGCAGCAGUGACCCAAGUCCACCUAAACCAAUCAGCCAAGGCUCUUGUGCAGUCAACCUGACGCAAGUGGACAUUAUCUGUCAGUCGAACUCAGCUGAUGUCAUGUGGACUGCUGCGAUCGCUGGAGAAUACACAGCAGUAGCAGAGGAUAGCGAUGGAAACCGCCUGAACUGCAGCUCAACUACCUCUUCCUGUCAGAUCAGCAACUUGCCCUGUGGUCGGCAAUACACAUUCAGUGUCACAGGGACAAUCUGUCACAAUCAGAUAAGCAACAUAGUGCGGGAACAUUCAGCUCCCUGUGCCCCUACAAAUGUCGCGGUGAGUCCAUCUUGUGUGUCAGGCACAGCCUCCAUAUCAUGGGACCCUGCAGAUGGAGCGCUAAGCUACCUGGUCACCAUGCAGACCACCAAUGGAAGUCCACUCUCCUGCAACAGUAGCAGCACUUCCUGUAGCAUCAGUGACCUGCAGUGUGGCACCCUGUACCAUGUGUCUGUUACAGCUAUAGGCAACAACUGUAAUAUCACCGACGGCGCCCUGAAUAUCUGGACAGUUCCCUGCAUUCCAUCGUCCGUCCAUGCAUCGCUUGACUGCGACACCCAAGAGGCAGUUGUCAGCUGGAAUCAACGUGGGCAGCAAGGGGUCAGCUAUAUGGCGAAUGCCACUAACAGCCAGGGCGCUACUUUGUCCACAUGUAAUUCCUUCAGCGACAACUGCACUCUCAGUGGCCUGCACUGUGGACCAGAGUACAACGUCACCGUCACAGCCCACGCUCAUGGCUGCAGCAGUGACCCAAGUCCACCUAAACCAAUCAGCCAAGGCUCUUGUGCAGUCAACCUGACGCAAGUGGACAUUAUCUGUCAGUCGAACUCAGCUGAUGUCAUGUGGACUGCUGCGAUCGCUGGAGAAUACACAGCAGUAGCAGAGGAUAGCGAUGGAAACCGCCUGAACUGCAGCUCAACUACCUCUUCCUGUCAGAUCAGCAACUUGCCCUGUGGUCGGCAAUACACAUUCAGUGUCACAGGGACAAUCUGUCACAAUCAGAUAAGCAACAUAGUGCGGGAACAUUCAGCUCCCUGUGCCCCUACAAAUGUGAUGGUGACUCCAGCUUGUGUGUCAGACAUGGCCACCAUAUCGUGGAGCCCUGCAGAUGGAGCGCUAAGCUACCUGGUCACCAUGGAGACCACCAAUGGAAGUCCACUCUUCUGCAACGGUAGCAGCACUUCCUGUAGCAUCAGUGACCUGCAGUGUGGCACCCUGUACCAUGUGUCUGUUACAGCUAUAGGCAACAACUGUAAUAUCACCGACGGCGCCCUGAAUAUCUGGACAGUUCCCUGCAUUCCAUCGUCCGUCCAUGCAUCGCUUGACUGCGACACCCAAGAGGCAGUUGUCAGCUGGAAUCAACGUGGGCAGCAAGGGGUCAGCUAUAUGGCGAAUGCCACUAACAGCCAGGGCGCUACUUUGUCCACAUGUAAUUCCUUCAGCGACAACUGCACUCUCAGUGGCCUGCACUGUGGACCAGAGUACAACGUCACCGUCACAGCCCACGCUCAUGGCUGCAGCAGUGACCCAAGUCCACCUAAACCAAUCAGCCAAGGCUCUUGUGCAGUCAACCUGACGCAAGUGGACAUUAUCUGUCAGUCGAACUCAGCUGAUGUCAUGUGGACUGCUGCGAUCGCUGGAGAAUACACAGCAGUAGCAGAGGAUAGCGAUGGAAACCGCCUGAACUGCAGCUCAACUACCUCUUCCUGUCAGAUCAGCAACUUGCCCUGUGGUCGGCAAUACACAUUCAGUGUCACAGGGACAAUCUGUCACAAUCAGAUAAGCAACAUAGUGCGGGAACAUUCAGCUCCCUGUGCCCCUACAAAUGUGAUGGUGAGUCCAGCUUGUGUGUCAGACAUGGCCACCAUAUCAUGGGACCCUGCAGAUGGAGCGCUAAGCUACCUGGUCACCAUGCAGACCACCAAUGGAAGUCCACUCUCCUGCAACAGUAGCAGCACUUCCUGUAGCAUCAGUGACCUGCAGUGUGGCACCCUGUACCAUGUGUCUGUUACAGCUAUAGGCAACAACUGUAAUAUCACCGACGGCGCCCUGAAUAUCUGGACAGUUCCCUGCAUUCCAUCGUCCGUCCAUGCAUCGCUUGACUGCGACACCCAAGAGGCAGUUGUCAGCUGGAAUCAACGUGGGCAGCAAGGGGUCAGCUAUAUGGCGAAUGCCACUAACAGCCAGGGCGCUACUUUGUCCACAUGUAAUUCCUUCAGCGACAACUGCACUCUCAGUGGCCUGCACUGUGGACCAGAGUACAACGUCACCGUCACAGCCCACGCUCAUGGCUGCAGCAGUGACCCAAGUCCACCUAAACCAAUCAGCCAAGGCUCUUGUGCAGUCAACCUGACGCAAGUGGACAUUAUCUGUCAGUCGAACUCAGCUGAUGUCAUGUGGACUGCUGCGAUCGCUGGAGAAUACACAGCAGUAGCAGAGGAUAGCGAUGGAAACCGCCUGAACUGCAGCUCAACUACCUCUUCCUGUCAGAUCAGCAACUUGCCCUGUGGUCGGCAAUACACAUUCAGUGUCACAGGGACAAUCUGUCACAAUCAGAUAAGCAACAUAGUGCGGGAACAUUCAGCUCCCUGUGCCCCUACAAAUGUGAUGGUGAGUCCAGCCUGUGUGUCAGACACGGCCACCAUAUCAUGGAACCCUGCGGAUGGAGCGCUAAGCUACCUGGUCACCAUGCAGACCACCAAUGGAAGUCCACUCUCCUGCAACAGUAGCAGCACUUCCUGUAGCAUCAGUGACCUGCAGUGUGGCACCCUGUACCAUGUGUCUGUUACAGCUAUAGGCAACAACUGUAAUAUCACCGACGGCGCCCUGAAUAUCUGGACAGUUCCCUGCAUUCCAUCGUCCGUCCAUGCAUCGCUUGACUGCGACACCCAAGAGGCAGUUGUCAGCUGGAAUCAACGUGGGCAGCAAGGGGUCAGCUAUAUGGCGAAUGCCACUAACAGCCAGGGCGCUACUUUGUCCACAUGUAAUUCCUUCAGCGACAACUGCACUCUCAGUGGCCUGCACUGUGGACCAGAGUACAACGUCACCGUCACAGCCCACGCUCAUGGCUGCAGCAGUGACCCAAGUCCACCUAAACCAAUCAGCCAAGGCUCUUGUGCAGUCAACCUGACGCAAGUGGACAUUAUCUGUCAGUCGAACUCAGCUGAUGUCAUGUGGACUGCUGCGAUCGCUGGAGAAUACACAGCAGUAGCAGAGGAUAGCGAUGGAAACCGCCUGAACUGCAGCUCAACUACCUCUUCCUGUCAGAUCAGCAACUUGCCCUGUGGUCGGCAAUACACAUUCAGUGUCACAGGGACAAUCUGUCACAAUCAGAUAAGCAACAUAGUGCGGGAACAUUCAGCUCCCUGUGCCCCUACAAAUGUGAUGGUGAGUCCAGCCUGUGUGUCAGACACGGCCACCAUAUCAUGGAACCCUGCGGAUGGAGCGCUAAGCUACCUGGUCACCAUGCAGACCACCAAUGGAAGUCCACUCUCCUGCAACAGUAGCAGCACUUCCUGUAGCAUCGGUGACCUGCAGUGUGGCACCCUGUACCAUGUGUCUGUUACAGCUAUAGGCAACAACUGUAAUAUCACCGACGGCGCCCUGAAUAUCUGGACAGUUCCCUGCAUUCCAUCGUCCGUCCAUGCAUCGCUUGACUGCGACACCCAAGAGGCAGUUGUCAGCUGGAAUCAACGUGGGCAGCAAGGGGUCAGCUAUAUGGCGAAUGCCACUAACAGCCAGGGCGCUACUUUGUCCACAUGUAAUUCCUUCAGCGACAACUGCACUCUCAGUGGCCUGCACUGUGGACCAGAGUACAACGUCACCGUCACAGCCCACGCUCAUGGCUGCAGCAGUGACCCAAGUCCACCUAAACCAAUCAGCCAAGCCUCUUGUGCUGUCAACCUGACGCAAGUGGACGUUAUCUGUCAGUCGAAUUCAGCGGAUGUCAUCUGGGAAGCUGUGAUCCCUGGAGAAUACACAGCAAUAGCCAAGGAUGCCGAUGGGAACAGUCUGACCUGCAGCUCAAAUACCUCUUCCUGUCAGAUCAGCAACCUGCGCUGUGGUCAGCUGUACACAUUCAGUGUCACAGGGACGAUCUGUCACAACCAGACAAGCAAUGUAGUGCGGAAACAUUCAGAGCCGUGCACGCCUGUAAACGAGACAGUGGUGUACAGCCCACCGGUGGCAGAGGUCAGCUGGAGUGCCAGCAGGGGGGCCACCUACUACACCGCGGAGGCCCUGACACAACACGGCCAUGGGAGCAACUGCAGCACCAACGCCACUUCCUGUGAGCUCCAAGACCUUCUGUGUGGGCAGACCUACGACAUCUCCAUCACCGCACACAACCAGGUGUGCCCUGAAACCACAGAGCCGUUCCAGUUGGAGACAGAGCCAUGUCCGCCACAGAGCGUCCACUCCAGGGUGGACUGCAUGACCAACACGGGUCACGUCUCCUGGGAGCGUAGCCUGAAUGCAGUGAAAUACUCUGUCAUCAUGGAGGACCUGAAUGGGAAUGGUGUUCCAGCCGCCUGCGUCACCACGGAGACGUUCUGUGCUGUGAAUGGCCUCUUGUGUGGCACAGCGUAUACGGUGGCCGUUGUGGCCAUUGGAUCCCAGUUCAACAGCUCUGUAAGCAAUGGAGACAACCUGGAAACAGCACCCUGUCCACCGCAAAAUGCAACCCUCCAGCCAGACUGUGAGCAUGCCUCGGCCACGGUGAGCUGGAUGAGCAGCGGUGCGGGCAUGUGGGCGGUGAACUACACCGUGACAGCACUGGGCGCCGGGGGCCUGCGGGCCUCCUGCACCACCCAGGGAGACCGGUGUGACCUGGAGGGCCUGGCGUGUGACGUGACCUAUAACAUCUCCAUCACCACCGACAAUCGCAACUGCGACCUCACCACCGACACGGGACUCACCUACUUCCGUGCGUACUACAGUAGUGCCUGUGUCCCAUCUUCUGUGUCGGUGCAUCAGCCAUGUGGCUCCCUCAGUGCCACUCUGUCCUGGAGGGCGGAGGGCUUAGACCUGACCUACAUGGCGAUGGCCACGCGAGUGAGCGAUGACCACAAGGACACGUGCUUCUCUAACACCUCCUCGUGUGUGUUCGACGGUCUGGACUGCGGAGAGCUCUACGCGUUUGACGUGUCUGCCCACGGCCAACAGUGCCCAAGUAACGCCAGUGAUCCCGUGUACAGCCAUACUGCGCCAUGCCAGGCUGGUCAGCCGAGAGCCCAGGUGGCCUGUGACAGUGACAAUGUGACACUGGACUGGCCCAGCACCAAGGGAGCCAUGUGGUACAUCCUCACCAUCUCUAAUCCACAAGCCCCAUGCGUCCCUGCUGAUGUCACCGCCUUCGUGGAGUGUGAGCUUCACGUGGCAUCAGUGAGCUGGUCCGAGUCCAGCGGUGACGGAAUGUUGAUGUAUAAUGCCACGGCAACGGCAAGCGAUGGUCAGAUGCUCCCCUGUGUGACGAACGAAACAUGGUGCACCUGGGACAACCUUCAGUGUGGCGAGCGCUACACUGUCAGGGUCACAGCUAGCGAUGGCAACUGCACCAGCCCACCCAGCAACACCACUACCAUACACAUGGCUCCGUGCAUCCCUGAGCCUCCUAUGGCCACGUUCGAUUGCAUGUCCAAAACCGCUUCUCUGCACUGGAGCGACAGUGCUGGGGCCCAGACGUACGUUGUGAGGGCCGAGGCUCCAUUCGGGCACCCGGUGGCGCUGAGCACCAACGACACGAGCGCCCAGCUCUCCGAGCUCACCUGCGGCCAGAACUACAGCCUCACUGUGUCAGCACUCAACAGCAGGUGCAGAGGCGAGUCUACAAGCGAGCCCACAAGUCUCCAAACAGAGCCGUGUGCACCCACACACGUGUCCAGCUCCAUAGAUUGCCUGAGCAACAUUGCUAUGGUCAGCUGGGUGGAGAGCAAUGGCACAGAGUACUACACAGCCAUGCUCGAGGCUGGUGGCGACGUGUACGCUUGCAUGUAUCCCACCAACGAAUGCAGUGUGACGUCGCUGCCGUGUGGACAGAGCUAUGCGGUGUCUGUCACGGCUGUCAACAGCCAGUGCAACACCACAGCUACUGGGGCACCUUUGACUGGAGUGCCCUGUGUCCCUGAGGAUGUGUCUGUGGAGGUGGACUGUACCAACAGCAGUGCCGUUGUGUCAUGGGGCCACAGUGAGGGGGCGCAAUCGUACCAGGCGUUUGCUAUCAGUAGCCAGGGCAACGUCACCUGCCAGGACAAUGGGCAUGAGCACAGCUGUACUCUCAGAGGUCUCAGCUGUGGAGUGGACUACAGCGUUCAGGUGGUUGCUACGGGCAGCACAUGCUCCAGCACUCCCAGCCAGCCAGUGGACUUGGAGCCAGAUACGGUCUCCAUUUCAUGGAACCCUGCAUAUGGAGCGCUAAGCUACAGGUACCUGGUCACCAUGGAGGCCACCAAUGGAAGUCCACUCUUCUGCAACAGUAACAGCACUUCCUGUAGCAUCAGUGGCCUGCAGUGUGGUACCAUGUACCAUGUGUCUGUUACAGCUAUAGGCAACAACUGCAGUAGCACCAGUGACACCGAGAAUAUCUGGACAGUUCCCUGCAUUCCAUCGUCUGUCUAUGCAUCGCUGAACUGCAUCACCCAAGAGGCACUUGUCAGCUGGGAUCAACAUGGGCAGCAAGGGGUCAGCUAUAUGGCGAAUGCCACUAACAGCCAGGGCGCUACUCUGUCCACAUGUAAUUCCUUCAGCGAGAACUGCACUCUCAGUGCCCUUCCCUGUGGACAUAAGUACAACGUCACCGUCACGGCCCACGCUCAUGGCUGCAGCAGUGACCCAAGUCCACCUAAGCCAAUCAGCCAAGCCUCUUGUGCAGUCAACCUGACGCAAGUGGACGUUAUCUGUCAGUCGAACUCAGCGGAUGUCAUGUGGGAAGCUGUGAUCCCUGGAGAAUACGCAGCAAUGGCCGAGGAUGAUGAUGGGAACCGUCUGCCAUGCAGCUCAAAUACCUCUUCCUGUCAGAUCAGCAACCUGCGCUGUGGUCAGCUGUACACAUUCAGUGUCACAGGGACGAUCUGUCACAACCAGACAAGCAAUGUAGUGCGGAAACAUUCAGCUCCUUGUGUCCCUACAAAUGUGGCGGUGAGUCCAGCUUGUGUGUCAGACACAGCCUCCAUUUCAUGGGCCCCCGCAGCUGGAGCGCUAAGCUACCUGGUCACCAUGGAGACCACCAAUGGAAGUCCACUCUUCUGCAACGGUAGCAGCACUUCCUGUAGCAUCAGUGGCCUGCAGUGUGGCACCCUGUACCAUGUGUCUGUUACAGCUAUAGGGAACAACUGCAAUAGCACCAGUGGCACCCAGAAUAUCACGACAGUGCCCUGUGUCCCUGAGGAUGUGUCUGUGGAGGUGGACUGUGCCAACAGCAGUGCCGUUGUGUCAUGGGGCCACAGUGAGGGGGCGCAAUCGUACCAGGCGUGUGCUAUCAGUAGCCAGGGCAACGUCACCUGCCAGGACAAUGGGCAUGAGCACAGCUGUACUCUCAGAGGUCUCAGCUGUGGAGUGGACUACAGCGUUCAGGUGGUUGCUACGGGCAGCACAUGCUCCAGCACUCCCAGCCAGCCAGUGGACUUGGAGCCAGCUCCCUGUGCCCCUACAAAUGUGAUGGUGAGUCCAGCUUGUGUGUCAGACAUGGCCACCAUAUCAUGGAACCCUACAGAUGGAGCGCUAAGCUACCUGGUCACCAUGGAGACCACCAAUGGAAGUCCACUCUUCUGCGACAGUAGCAUCACUUCCUGUGGCAUCAGUGGCCUGCAGUGUGGCACCCUGUACCAUGUGUCUGUUACAGCUAUAGGCAACAACUGCAAUAUCACCAGUGACAUCCAGGAUAUCUGGACAGUGCCCUGUGUCCCUGAGGAUGUCUCUGUGGAGGUGGACUGUGCCAACAGCAGUGCCGUUGUGUCAUGGGGCCACAGUGAGGGGGCGGAUUCGUACCAGGCGUUUGCUAUCAGUAGCCAGGGCAACGUCACCUGCCAGGACAAUGGGCAUGAGCACAGCUGUACUCUCAGAGGUCUCAGCUGUGGAGUGGACUACAGCGUUCAGGUGGUUGCUACGGGCAGCACAUGCUCCAGCACUCCCAGCCAGCCAAUGGACUUGGAGCCAGCUCCCUGUGCCCCUACAAAUGUGAUGGUGAGUCCAGCUUGUGUGUCAGACACGGCCACCAUAUCAUGGAACCCUGCAGAUGGAGCGCUAAGCCACCUGGUCACCAUGCAGACCACCAAUGGAAGUCCACUCUUCUGUGACAGUAACAGCACUUCCUGUAGCAUCAGUGGCCUGCAGUGUGGUAUCAUGUACCAUAUGUCUGUUACAGCUAUAGGCAACAACUGCAAUACCACCAGUGACACCCAGGAUAUCUGGACAGUUCCAUGCAUUCCAUCGUCUGUCAAUGCAUCCUUGGACUGCGACACCCAAGAGGCACUUGUCAGCUGGAAUCAGCAGGGGCAGCAAGGGGUCAGAUAUAUGGCGAAUGCCACUAACAGCCAGGGCAUGACUGUGUCCACAUGCAAUUCCUUCAGCAAUAACUGUUCUCUCAGUGACCUUCCCUGUGGACCAGAGUACAACGUCACCGUCACGGCCCACGCUCAUGGCUGCAGCAGUGACCCAAGUCCACCUACGCCAAUCAGCCAAGCCUCUUGUGCAGUGAACCUGACACAAGUGGACGUUAUCUGUCAGUCGAACUCAGCGAAUGUCAUGUGGGAAGCUGUGAUCCCUGGAGAAUACACAGCAAUAGCCAAGGAUGCCGAUGGGAACAGCCUGACCUGCAGCUCAAAUACCUCUUCCUGUCAGAUCAGCAACCUGCACUGUGUGCCCUGCCCACCUGUAAACCUGACUCUGGCUGCGGAGUGCGGGAACAGUACGGCGGUGUUGUCUUGGGCCCCGAGUGUGAGCGCCAUUCGCUACUCGGCUCUGGGCCAGGCGGACAACGGCAGCGUGAUACCAUGUGACAACACGGAGCCCUGGUGCGUGAUGGACGGGCUGGUGUGUGGCCUGUUCUACACCUUCAGUGUGCAGGCCUCCGAUGGCAUGUGCACCUCAGCCCCCAGCCAGCCACUGAACAGCAGUCAAGUGCCGUGCGCUCCUGAGUGGCUGCAGGUCAGUCACCUGCCUGCGCAGGCUGACAUGCAGAUGCUGAUGUUUGCGUGGGACCCUGUGGACUGCCCCGGGGCCCAGUAUGAGGUGGAGAUAACGGGCAGCAUAGACGGAGACCCCGCCAUGCAGAUGGAGGUGUCCUCCUACUGGACCCAAAGGACCUUCUUCGAGCUGCCCUUGCCCUGCAGCUCCACGUACUCCGCCACCGUGUGCGCCAGGAGCUCUCCCAGCAGCGUGGGCCCCAGAUCGGCCGCCGUCACUGGCGUCACAGCUCCCUGUCCUACCCCAACGGUGAAGUUCACUGGCUCAAACACGUCCGCUGUGGUGUCCUGGAACGCCUCUGCGUUGGCCACCGAGUACAGUGUCUACGACGUGUCCGGCUCCAACAGGGUGGAGAUAUGCAACACCACAGAGCUCUCUUGCAGUGUAGCAAGCGUCGCCAGCAAUGACAUUGCAGUGACGGCCAGCAAUGAUGGUGGGGAAAGCACCGAGACCAGCGUCACACAUGCAGUCCAUCAACGCAGGAAAAGAGAUCUAGGUGUGCUGCUGGUCCCUGAGCUGACCAUCACGCGUGUGGGCACAGACUCCGUGCGGGUGGAGUGGACGCCCGUGCCAGGGGCGUCAUACUACACGGUGCGAGUCAGAGAGCAGCUGAACGCCCGCCCGCUGUGGUCCGACGUGGCAACCGUCUACGGCAAGGAAUCGGACGUCACUGGCCUGAAGCCUGCCACGUCCUACUGCUUCAGUGUGUCGGCGGUGGUAAACGCCUUCAGCAGCGGCGUUUACUCCGAGCCGACCUGCGCCACCACUGGGGCCAGCAUCUAGGAUCCUCGUCUACUGCACGCACGCACGACUGCUCCUUGCUCUUAACCAGUGAUGGGUUACCUAAAGACAUACCUUAUACAAUCCAGUGCCACAUAUUCCAAAUGACUUGACUUUUGCCUGUCCAUUUCCACCAGGUGACUGACCCCCCACUAUUUAUCCCUGCACCCCUUUCAUAACCAUAGUCUGGAGUCACUGAAGUGAGUCCAGUGCCGCACAGGGAUAUAUAAAAUAAAGAUAAUAGUAGUAAUAUUCAGAGAUGCAGUAGAUUAUACAGUAAUAAUAAUAGUUAUUAACUAAAGGGAAUAUUGUUUAGCUUAUUUUGGGUUUAUUUUGGCAUACUAAGUUAUUCAAUUUAUUAAAUUAGUUUUUCCUGCCAAGGCUCCCCGCCCGGCACUCACUUUGAAAACCACUGAUCUAGGGCAACCACCUGGUUGAACUGGACUGCUGAACAAGGUCAUUCGGAAAAUGUGGCACUGGAUUAUAAAUGGGAUGGAUCCAGGUUUCCCAUCAAGGCACACACUGGAGAACAACCUCUUGUAGUGUACCAAAACAUACUAUUUUCUGGGGCAGGGUCAGUGUAGCCUGAAAUAUCUCUCGAAACUGCUUUGUCAGGGUCAUUUAGCCUACUAAUAGGGUUGCGGGUGAAAACUGUUUAAGGCCCAGUCAUUUUGUGACAAAGGGUUUUGCCAUUAUGUACAAAUGUAUCCAGAACGGGGGCUCCACCCCUCUCCCAUUAUCAUACAGAUUCAUGAUUUAUGAUAAUUAAACUUUUAUUUGCAAUACCUGAAUAUCCUGAUGUAUUUUUUUUUUUUAUUGAAGAUGGAAUCAUUCCCUUGUAAAUGAACAGACUUAUGAACAUUUCUAAUAUUCAGCAUCAUGUGUAUUUUAUGAGAAAAUUACUAAGUUUUAUAUUGUUAACCUGGCACACGUACCAGGGUUUGUCAGCUGAUAUUUUUUGCAGAAGGGUUCUCUUAAUGUAACACUGAAUACAGCAUGUAAUGUCUCCAGGUUUGUAAAUCAACCACUAAUGUUGAAAUGUGAAUGAUUCUAUAUUAAAUAAACCCUUCUACUCAACACAUACAAAUAAGCCAGAGCUGUGCAGCCUGUCUACCUGUGCCUCAUGGAAUACAGGUCCUGGCCAUAUAGAAUAUCACGAAAAAGUUGAUCUAAUUCCAUUAAUGUUAAACUUUCACGGCUUGUAGAUACAUUGCGUAUAUUUUGAAAUAUUCCA